UUUUUGGAAAUUAACUGAAAUUUCAAAUUCCUGUACCAGCAACCGCCUUAUAUUUAUCUCAAAUCGUCUCAAUUCAAACGACGAACGAUGCCCGUCUUGCUCUUUUUCAGGCUCUCUCCAUAUUCUUCCAUUGACGGAGCGAACGAAACACAGAAGUCCAUUCGCCAUUGAAGACAGACAAAGAUUUCAAUUCUUCGUUGAGAAACUUCUGAAUCUGAGAUUUGUCAUUCUCCAGAUAGUUUCAAUUGAUGUAUAAUAUUUGCUGAUCGCUAUUGAAGUGAAUUGAUGAUUCAGAGACUCGGUGUUCUCAUUUCCGCAACUGAAAUGCUCGAUAAGAGUAGAUGGCAUUUGAGGAGUUUAGAUGCGAUCUCAUUGCCUUACGAAAAUUGUAUGGGAUCCUCCUAGGAUGUGAAGAUUUUCUACAGAAUUCUGAUAUGGAUGAAAGAGCAUGGCUUAUGCUGAAGAAUCUGUUAGAUGAUGCCACAGAGAAGGUUUUUGAGACUCAUCUGAAGAUAAGAGAUACAGCACAAUCAAGUUUCUCUAAUCCAUCCUAUCCUUCUAAAGCAGAACAAUUUAAAGCUGGGCAGACGGUUCUGGUUCCUGGUCUGCAUAAAGUAUCCCCAGGACUGUCAAGACUCAGCAGUAUAUCAUCAAACAAACUUGAAAACAGAAAGAAACCUUCCCAGAUUUGCAACCAAAGCAGUAUGAAGCUGCGUGAUAGAGUUGAAGUUCUUGGGAGAGAUGGUGAUUCUCAAGAGCAGCCACCUGAUGAGCUCUUCAGUGGGCAUGCAAAAGGAUUGUUAGACAAAAAACAGAAGGGUAUUGAACAGUUCAAAUAUAACCAAAAGCAACUGUAUGGUACUCAUCCUGGCAUUGUUAAUUCGGUUGCCCGUCCCUCGUCAAGUUCUCUGCUUUCUGUGGAUGGUAAACCAGGAAAUCUUGAUACCCAGGUUGAGAAAAAUGGGGAUGAGCCAGAGAAUGAUUUUGCAAGAGAAGUUGCACUUGCAGUCAAAAGAAUUGAAUCUGGUAUUUCAGCUUUGGAAGUAGGUUCUAGGCAUUCAGAUGUUGUAAGAGCAAGUCCUAGUAGACUAGGUUACAAAGGUAAGGCUUCUGAAUCCGCAAUGCAAGAAUCUGAGAUACAGAGUCAGGUUCCUGGUCAGAAUGUGAAGGCCAUUGUGGACAGACUGGAGUUACUUAGUCGACCAGUGAAUCAGACCAGUCAGUUAAAUCAAUAUGUUCAGGGGCUAAGACUGCCGCCAAGUCAGAAUCAGGUGGCCAAGAGGCCUCCUACUUGUGUUAGAAUGUCCAGUCGAAACAUCAAGGAUGAUGCAGGUCGUAAUUGGACGGCUGAUACGCAGUCAACAACAAAGUCAGUUAAAUCCAAGCCGUCCAUGCCACGUAAGCCAGUGGGAGCCACAGUUUCCAUGAGGCCUAAUCACAAAUUGGCACGUCAGGAAGAUGCAGUUCGUGAGUGGAUGGCUAAUACAGAGUCAAUAACAAAGUCAGUUAAAUCCAGGCCGUCCGUUGUUUCCUUGAGGAACAAAUUGCAACGUCAGGCAGUCUUGAGACCGACUUUGCUAGAUGAGAAAACUAGCAUUCCAUACCAUAAUUCAACAACUUACAGGCAUCAGCGUCCUUUGCCUCAUAAUCAGGCAUUAGAAAAGAGUAGUAGUGAUUCAAGUUAUGAUUCACAGCCUUACAGUAACUGGACAUCUGAGCAAACCAGCACCAGCAAUGGCGGCAGCGAAGAUGAUUCCGCGAGCCAGAGGACAAGUGAUAGUUGUAGCUCAGAGGACAGUAAUUCCAGUAAGGUAGGUCCAAUGAGUAAGGUGGGUCCUGUUGUAGGACACAGACCAGCCGAUCUUGCAAACGAAAGGAAGGCUACGGGACGGUUGAGGAGGUUAAGAAACAAGCUAGGACUCAUCUUCCACCACCACCACCACCACCACCACCAUCACCACCAUCAUCAUGUCGAAAGUGACGACAGUGGUCAUACCACAUCAAUGUGGAAGAGCUUUCAGGGGAUUUUUCACCAUGACAGCAAACCUAAGGUUGAUGAGAGACAGGCCGUUGGCAAAGUGAGAAACGCGGUAGCUAAGGAGCAGGUUGGACAUUUUCAUACACUUGUGGAUGGGAUACGGAGACACAAUCCACAUUCAAAGAAAUCAAGGCUCUCAAAAGGUGGGAUGAAAGGUAGCACAAGUAUGGAGAAGAAAUUGCAUUGGUGGCAAAAGUUGAAGAGCGAUAAAGGAGUAAGAUUGCCAAAUAGAGGGCGCGCCAAAAUUAGAAUCACAGGUAGACAACCACAGCGUAAGUUAAACAAGAUGAGUAAACAUAAGCUUUUGACGCAUAAGUAGAUUAUUUGCAUCUGAUGAGAUGUACAGAGAUGA